GACAUCUGGUUGGAUGAUCAACUGUAUGCUUCACUCUAUAUAAUCUCAGUAAUUUCUUCUUCAUUGUGAAUAAAUUAUUUAAUAGCACUGAAAUGAAUUCCCGUGAAUACAAGAAGGAUUGCAUAAUUUUUGAUGAUAGUUAUGAAGGAUAUUCAGCGAAGAAUUUCACUUUACCAGAAAUCUAUGAAAAACAUAUUUCAACCAUUUUAAUUCCGGGUGGAAUGGUUCGAAGUCGUUUGGAAAGAAUGUCUAUUGAUAUAUUGGAUGAUUAUGAGAAAUCUGGUGUACAAUCUGUCUACGUGAUUUGUAUAUUGAAAGGAGGUUUCAAAUUUGCUUCUGAAAUAUGGAAAACGUUACAAAAGUAUUCAUUUACGCGUGAAAAUUACAUAAGGGUUAGUAUUGACUUCGUCGCUGCAAGUACAUACGUUGAUGAUUCAGUAGGUCAUGAUACCAAAAUCACUCCGUGUACAAAUAUGGAGAAGUUCAGAGAUAAGGUAGGUUGAGCGGAAAUGGAGAGAAUUUAUCAUGAUCAUUUGGUUGUUCUGUAUAGGAUGUACUCAUUGUGGAAGAUAUGGUUGACAC